AUGUCGUCUUAUAUAACUCGUGCAGAGCGCUCGGGUAAUAUUUUUUAUAGAACUACUGGUCUCAUUCGAUCUGGUCAACUCUCAUGGGCUGAUCGGCCUUUAUGGUACGAUGUAUAUGUGGCUCAACCACCAUUAACACCUCCUGAUUGGAAUGUGAAACUUCCAAAGUAUGAUGAGCCGGUUAGAAAGAUCUUUUAUGAGGAGGAUGUCGUUAGAGCAGCAUUUUACAAAAAGUUCAAAAGAAGUGGAAUUAUAAAUUGUAAUAAUAAAGUGGAAAGCGCAUCUCAGAUAUUCAUCAAAGAAUACUUUGCAUUAAAGAAAGAGAGCGACGAACAAGGAAAAGGUUUGGAGCACCAGGAACUAUUCAGUCUUACGGAGAAACGAUUAGAAGAACUUGGCAAAAACUUGAACUAA